AUGGAGUUCUGGGGAAUUGAAGUUCCAGCAGGGAAGCCACUUAAAGUCUCACCUGGCGAUGGCAUGCUUCUUCACAUCUCUCAGGCAUCGCUUGGAGAGAAAAGCAAGAAGGGAGAUGCUGUGCCUUUGUAUGUGAAGGUUGGCGAGAAGAAACUUGUUUUGGGGACACUUUUGGGUGAGAGCAUUCCUCAGAUUGCCUUUGAUUUGGUAUUCGACCAAGAGAUUGAGCUCUCCCACAACUGGAACUUUUCUGAUUCUUCUGAUGAAGAGGAAGAGGAAGCUCCUGUUGCAGCUAAUGUUAAUGCUCCUAAGGCCGUAGCCAAGCCAAAGGCUACACCUGCUGCUACUGUUGCCGCUGAUGUGGAGCCUGAAGAGGAUGAAUCUGAUUUUGAUUCCGAGGACGGAAUGGAUGAAGACGAUUCCGAUGAUGAAGAGGAUUCGGAUGAUUCAUUGAUUGAAGAGCAAGAGGAGACACCUAAGAAGGUUGAAUCAAGCAAGAAGAGAGCUAAUGAAGCAGCACCCAAGACACCAGUGUCUUCAAAGAAGGCUAAAGUUGCAGUGACCCCUCAGAAAACAGAGGAGAAGAAGAAGGGUGGACACACCGCAACACCCCACCCGGCUAAGAAAGGUGCUAAGACUCCAGCGACCGCAACACAGAGCCCAAAGUCUGCAACUCAUGUCUCAUGCACUUCAUGCAAGAAGACAUUCAACUCAUCGAACGCACUUGACUCUCACACCAAGGCCAAGCACUCUGCCGCCAAGUGA